GUUGAUGCCUCUACUACACCAGACCCGAAUUACGUUCUGCCAUCCAAACCGAGUAGCCUAUACAUCAAGCACGUCAAAGUGAGCCCGGAUCUGAUCGCAGACGAACAACGUAGUGCCCUCGAAGUUGAUGUUCCCAGCACCGUGGAUGCGAUUGGUUUCGAUGCGAAGUUGGCGCGUAAGGUGCUCAAUCGUUUGAAUUCAAAAUUGCUCACAGGUGACGGGUACCCCCCGCUUAAUGAUAACCUAGUGUGUGUUGACAAUGUGCGCCAAUUUCGCUCCCAGUUGACCUGGGAAGAAGGACGGUUUGUGUGA